UUCUCUGCGUUCAACUGUUCAAGUGUUACGAGGAAGGCAUGCAUGGCAGCUAGGUUAAUUCUCCGACGUGUUCCAUUCUAUUCAAAUUCUCCACAUAUCUUUACCAAUUCUGUAAAAAACCAUGCAUUUUCGUCCGUCGCACUUUCGUCCCCCUGCUCAUCCCUCCAUUGCUGAGGUGGUGGAGUUUCGAGUUGGGGAGCUGAUGUGUGGACACGCACCGCACCGCACGGUUACUGUUCCUUCUAGGCUCGACCAGGUUGAUAGGGUGGGGAAUCGGUGGAAUUCCCCACUCUCCUCACCUCGCCCGAUUCAAUCGCUUGGAACCCUAGAUACUGGGCAAGAGGUGGCGGCGACUGCGACUCCUCAUGGUCUAAAAUCUGGGUUUGCGGCGGCGGAGGACGGAGCCAGGAAGACGUACAAGGAAGCGUUGCUGACCCCAGUUCCGCGACGACGCAGGAACAGACCGACUCGGCGGAAGAAGAUGUCGGGACGGGACGCGCGACCUCGCCGUCCUGAGGAGCGAGGUGGUGGUGGUGGUGGUCGCGGGCCACCGCCUACCAUGAGGACCGGCACGGGGGGCGGACGAGGCUCCUCGUACUACUCGGAUCAAGAGUGGAGGCGGAAGGCUGGGGAUGGCUCGUCUGCGGCGGCAAAAUCGACGUUGACGCCUGCUGAGAAGGUAACAUCGUCUGUUGUGGCUUCUGGGGGUGGAACCAAGGCGUUGGUUUGCUUCAAGUGCAAUCAGGAGGGACACAGUUCUAAGGAUUGUCAAGUAGAAGUGCUUUGUCUGAUUUGUGAGAAGAACAUGCAUGUCACAGCUAGAUGUGUUUGGCCGACUCAAGCAAAGCCUGUGAUGCAGACUGUGGGAUUGGGAUCCCCAGAUCUUGGGUUCUUCAUGCCUCAACAUGCGCGUGUGCCGAAGCAGCAAGACAAGACUUCUACGCUUGGUUUAAUCCAAGUUACGCAAGGACAUGUCUAUCCAUCCAUGUUGCAGGAGGGUCUGGCCUCUCAAUUUCCAUGGCAGUGGCGCUGGAAUGUGACUAAACAGGGGAAUGGCUUUCUGGUCCCUUUCCCCUCUGCUGAGACUUUGGGGAUGUUGGUGGAAUUUGAAGAUUUCAAACUGCGAGGUUCUAACAGUUAUAUCAGAAUUUUGAGGGCUGAAUCGGUGAUCAAACCUAAAGGCAGGAUGCAUACUAUUUGGGCAAGGGCUGAAGGAGUGCCGAAUGACAUGAAACAUUACAAGGGUAUUUGUGAGAUUGGCAGUCUGAUUGGAGCAGUGGAAGAAGUGGACAUGAAGAUCUUACAUGAGUUGGGCAUUGUGAGGUUUAAAGCUCAUGUGAAAAGUGUGCAAAAGAUUCCCAAGGUGAAAGAAUUUGGUAUCCCUCCCAUGCUGUUUGAUGUGUCCUUUUCUGUGGAGAGGAUUGAAGUGAAGGGGCUAUAUGAUGGGAGAUGACUCUGGGGCUGGGAAGAGAGUUACAGUUCAAGACCCUAAAGGUGAUCAAGAAGGAGAUAGAAGCAACAAAACGCAGAAGGCAACAGCAACUCAAGGCAGUGCUCCUGUUGGGGCAUCUGCCACUGUGACUGAUGUGACUGUCAAGGAACAAGGUGCAGCACAGACUUAUGAAUGUGUGACUGAUCUAGAGCUCCCAGUGUCAGUGGAUGUUAAGAAGGCUCUCAUUGCUUGUAAGAUGCAAGAAGAUGGAGAUCAGAAAAUGGCUGUGGAUCAUGGUGCUGGUGCUGGGACUGCCGAGGAUGAGGUUUUUGUCCUUGACAAUAGCCAAGAGAGAGUGCAUUUCUCUCAGAAUGAGGAAGUGCCAGACUCCCAAGAUUCUUUCCAAGCUAAAGUGGAUGCUAUUCAGGGAGGGAAGGCUGACUCUGAAACAAUUUCCUCUGUGAAUGGGGCACUUGACAAAACUGGGGGGAGGAUCAAGGGAACCAGGAAGUGUGAGCGGCUGAAAGGGCAGGAGGAUGCUGACAGAACUCUGCUGGCCAUGCAAAGAGCUGAACAGAAGAACACUAUUCCUGGCAACACUGGAUGAUGGCCAAGGGGACGACCAAGGCGGCGCCGAGGAAGAAGCGGUAGGUGAGGAGGGCGAAGACGAAGAGGCCGGCGUCGACGACGACCUUGGUGAGCAGCAUCUGCCCCGUCGUGAACAGCUCGAUCAGAACCAUGCAAAUGGCCGGCCCCCACUCAGACUUGAAUGACGUCGUCGCCAUCGGUCGAUCUCCUCCCUUGGCAGUAUUCCUUCCUCCCGGCCGCCUGGAUCAAGAAACAGUUGGAAAGAAUCUCGUGGGAUCUGCGCGCGGUCCGGCCAUCCCACGGUGGGCAACGCAACGCAAUGGCCGAUUGUUCAUGCUAGAUUCACGCUAUGGAGUUUGGACUUUGGACUGAUUCGCGCAGUCGGCUGGCACCGCUAGUUUCAGAAGAAGAAACCAAAACCAUUUAUGGCGGUGGUAUGUACUAGCUAGCCGAAUAAGCAUUGUUGGCCCAAACUGGUUUCGGUCAGAUGCCGGGAACCAAGGAGCUAGGAAACUUUAGGGAAAGUUGUAAUUGGGUUGGGCCGCACCGCACCUUGUAUCGUGCAGCAUUCAGCAGUGGGAUGUGUGACAAUGGGACGUUCCAUCAAGGGAAACUAUAAUU